AUGAUAAAGAAUAUUGUCGUUUUCUUUCUUUUCACGGUGGCUUUAGUUGGGGCUCAGGUUCCAAGGGUCGCGUUACCACCACCAGGACCUUCUAGAUAUUACAUUCAUGUGGUUAACGGGCUAAGCAAACUUGGGUUGCUUGUGCAUUGUCAGUCUAAAGAUGAUGACUUGGGGUAUCAUCGUUUGCUUAAUCAUGGAGAUGCUUACCAAUGGAACUUCAAGCACUUAUGGCUCCGUGAUAGGUGCAAACAUGGAACUGUAGGAACUUGUCUUUGGACGGCUAAAGAUGAUGGAAUUUACUUGAGAAACUUUCUUGCUAAUGUUGAUAAAUUGAUUCACAAGUGGAUCUAUAAAAGUUAG